ACUCUCACAGUAUUCCACACUCACACUUUUCAGCAACACCAAAAAAAAAACCCAGCUCCGUAUUGAAUUUUUCUUAAUUUUCUAAGCCCAGAAAUCAAUAGAUACAUUCAUAAUAACCAUGGUGCUUUUAUACGAUGUCGAGAAGAAGACCAUUCCGAAUUUUAUGAAGUAUGUGAUUGGCGGCACCGCCGGCAUGUUGGGCACAUGCAUUGUGCAGCCUCUGGACUUGGUGAAGACACGAAUGCAGAUUUCCGCUGGCAAGGGGGGAGCCAAGGAAUACAGCAGCUCCAUUGAUUGCAUUGCGAAGGUGUUCAAGUCCGAGGGGAUUUUGGCGUUCUAUAAUGGUUUGAGUGCUGGAUUGUUGCGUCAGGCGACUUAUACCACGGGUCGCAUGGGCGUCUAUCAGAUGGAGAUCGAGGCGUAUCGCAAUAAGUAUCAACAGGCGCCCAAGGUGUUGGCCAGCAUGGCCAUGGGCAUCUUUGCCGGCGCCUGUGGAGCUCUGGUCGGGAAUCCUGCCGAAGUGUCCUUGAUACGCAUGAUGUCCGACAAUCGUUUGCCAGCGGAUCAGCGACGCAACUACAAGAAUGUGGGCGAUGCGCUCGUUCGCAUCGUCAAGGAGGAAGGACUCUUUGCUCUGUGGCGCGGCUGUUUGCCAACGGUGGGACGUGCGAUGAUCGUUAACAUGGUGCAAUUGGCAUCGUAUUCACAGUUCAAGGGAUAUUUCAAGCGCUUCAUGGACGAGGGUCUGGGACUGCACAUCUGUGCCAGCAUGUGCUCGGGUCUCUUGACCACAAUUGCCUCUAUGCCGCUGGACAUGGCCAAGACACGCAUCCAGCAGAUGAAGGUGAUCGAUGGCAAGGCGGAGUAUAGCGGAGCAACCGAUGUCAUCAUCAAGGUAAUUCGCAAUGAAGGAUUCUUCUCGCUCUGGAAGGGAUUCACGCCGUAUCUGUGUCGCCUGGGUCCGCACACUGUCUUCGCUUUUGUGUUCCUCGAACAGCUGAACAAGGCCUACUACAAGUAUGUUCUUGGCCAAGAAGACUCCGGGCCGGGAAUCUAACAUGUAUUUAUAUACUUCGACUGACUGCUGGUGUUUUACAUUUUAUUUUAUCAUUCACAGUGCAGAUAUUAAACCAAGUC